AUGGGGAAGUGGGCACCCUACAGCCGUGAUGUGAAAUCCAAAGAGGGCCAGGAGCUCACGGCGGCUGACCAGGACUGCGGUGCCCCCGAGGAAAUGAGUAAACGACCCGCCAGCAGCCUGGGGGCGGCGCCGGGGCCCCUGGAGAGCCCGCGCGCGCCCCGGACCAGCCCGGAGCAGGAGCUGCCCGCCGCGCCGCCGCCGCGUGUGCCCAGGUCGGCUUCCACGGGCGCCCCAACUUUCCAGUCCCCUGACGCGCGAGCCCGUGAGGCCGAGCGGCCGGGAGCGGGGGCCUGCACGGCCGGGGGCGCGGGGCCCGGCGACGCCCUGCAGUGUAGGAUCCCGGCGCUGCGCGGCCCCGAGGGGGAUGCCGCCGCGAGUGCGGGCAAGGGCACCCUGGAGCGCAACAGCACCCCGGCCGGGGGCUGGGUGAAUAUGAGCCAGAGCGCCGUGGUGCUGGGCACGGAUGGGAUCACGUCCGUGCUCCCGGGCAGCGUGGCCACCGCGGCCGCCCAGGAGGACGAGCAAGGGGAUGAGAAUAAGGCCCGAGGGAACUGGUCCAGCAAACUGGACUUCAUCCUGUCCAUGGUGGGGUACGCAGUGGGGCUGGGCAAUGUCUGGAGGUUUCCCUACCUGGCCUUCCAGAACGGGGGAGGUGCUUUCCUCAUCCCCUACCUGAUGAUGCUGGCUCUGGCUGGGUUACCCAUCUUCUUCCUCGAAGUGUCACUGGGCCAGUUUGCCAGCCAGGGGCCAGUGUCUGUGUGGAAGGCCAUCCCGGCCCUACAAGGCUGUGGCAUCGCAAUGCUGAUCAUCUCGGUCCUGAUAGCCAUAUACUACAAUGUGAUUAUCUGCUACACACUUUUCUACCUGUUUGCCUCCUUUGUGUCUGUGCUGCCCUGGGGCUCCUGCAACAACCCUUGGAACACACCAGAAUGCAAAGAUAAAACCAAACUUUUGUUAGAUUCCUGUGUCAUCGGCGACCAUCCCAAAAUACAGAUCAAGAACUCAACUUUCUGCAUGACUGCCUACCCCAACUUGACAAUGGUUAACUUCACCAGCCAGGCCAAUAAGACAUUUGUCAGCGGGAGUGAAGAGUAUUUCAAGUACUUUGUGCUGAAGAUCUCUGCUGGAAUUGAGUAUCCCGGGGAAAUCAGGUGGCCACUGGCCUUCUGCCUCUUCCUGGCUUGGGUGAUUGUGUACGCGUCCCUGGCGAAAGGAAUCAAGACUUCAGGGAAGGUGGUGUACUUCACGGCCACGUUCCCGUACGUCGUGCUCGUGAUCCUCCUCAUCCGCGGCAUUACCCUGCCCGGAGCCGGCGCUGGGAUCUGGUACUUCAUCACACCCAAGUGGGAGAAGCUCACGGAUGCCACGGUGUGGAAGGAUGCGGCCACCCAGAUUUUCUUCUCGCUGUCCGCCGCAUGGGGAGGCCUGAUCACUCUCUCUUCCUACAACAAAUUCCACAAUAACUGCUACAGGGACACCCUAAUUGUAACCUGCACCAACAGUGCCACGAGCAUCUUUGCCGGUUUUGUCAUCUUCUCGGUGAUUGGCUUCAUGGCCAACGAACGCAAAGUCAACAUUGAGAACGUGGCAGACCAAGGACCAGGCAUUGCAUUUGUGGUCUACCCAGAAGCCCUAACCAGGCUGCCCCUAUCUCCAUUCUGGGCCAUCAUCUUUUUCCUGAUGCUCCUCACUCUUGGACUUGACACCAUGUUUGCCACCAUCGAGACCAUCGUGACCUCCAUCUCGGACGAGUUCCCCAAGUACCUGCGCACACACAAGCCGGUCUUCACUCUGGGCUGCUGUAUUUGUUUCUUCAUCAUGGGCUUCCCAAUGAUCACUCAGGGCGGAAUUUACAUGUUUCAGCUUGUGGACACAUACGCCGCAUCCUACGCCCUCGUCAUCAUUGCCAUUUUUGAGCUCGUGGGGAUCUCCUACGUGUACGGCUUGCAGAGAUUCUGCGAAGAUAUAGAGAUGAUGAUUGGAUUCCAGCCAAACAUCUUCUGGAAAGUCUGCUGGGCAUUUGUCACUCCAACCAUCUUAACCUUUAUCCUUUGCUUCAGCUUUUACCAGUGGGAACCCAUGACCUAUGGCUCUUACCGCUACCCUAACUGGUCCAUGGUGCUUGGAUGGCUAAUGCUCGCCUGUUCAGUUAUCUGGAUCCCAAUUAUGUUUGUGAUAAAAAUGCAUCUGGCCCCUGGCAGAUUUAUUGAGAGGCUCAAGUUGGUGUGCUCGCCACAGCCGGACUGGGGCCCAUUCCUAGCUCAGCACCGUGGAGAGCGUUACAAGAACAUGAUCGACCCCUUGGGAACCUCUUCCCUGGGACUCAAACUGCCAGUGAAGGAUUUGGAACUGGGCACCCAGUGCUAG